AUGGCGACAGGUGGAGCGCCAUUUGACGCGCUAUCCUCACUGAACCCCGAGACCUUCGCCGGGGAGUCGCGCGCCGUGAUCAACUUCUUCGCCGACUACUACCGCGACGUCGACACGUAUCCGGUCCAGCCCCAGGCCAUGCCUGGGUGCCUCCGUACGUUUUUACCCGACGCGCCGCCCGAAAAUGGCGAGCAGAUGGACGUGAUAUUGGAGGAGGUAUGGCGACAUAUUGUCCCGGCACUGACGCAUUGGCAGAGUCCCAAGUUCUUCGGAUACUUCCAGGCGAACGCGAGUACAGCCGGGUUCGCCGGCGAGAUGCUCUCCACCGGGCUCAACGUUGUACCAUUCACGCGGGCUGCCUCACCGGCCGCAACCGACCUCGAGACCGUCGUGAUGGACUGGAUGGGCAAGCUGGUGGGCCUCCCGGGCCGCUUCCUUUUCUCCAGCGGCGGCGGCGGCGUGCUGCACGGAAGCACCUGCGAGGCCGUGGUAUGCACGCUCGCGGCCGCGCGCGAUCGCGCGCUGAGCAGGCUCGGCCACGAAGGCAUCGUGAGGCUGGUGGGGUACGCCUCAGACCAGAGCCACUCCACGUUCCAGAAGGGCGCGAGGAUCGUGGGGAUCCCUCGGUCCAACUUCCGCGUCAUCCGGACGUCGGCGGCUUCGGGCUACGGCCUCACCGCGGACAGCGUCCGCGACGCCGUGGAGGCCGACGUGGCCAGCGGGCUCGUGCCGCUGUACCUGUGCGCCACGGUCGGCACGACCGGGCUCGGCGCGGUCGACCCGGUGCGGGACCUCGGCGAGCUGGCGCGGAGGCACGGCAUAUGGCUGCACGUCGACGCCGCGUACGCCGGCAGCGCCCUGAUCUGCCCCGAGUUCCAGCAUCACAUCGACGGCGCCGAGCUCGCGGACUCGGCGAGCAUGAACCCGCACAAGUGGUUCCUCACCAACAUGGACUGCUGCUGCCUGUGGGUGGCGAGCCCGGCCGCGCUCACCUCUGCACUGUCCACCAACCCAGAGUACCUCAGCAACGUCACAGAAGAAAGUGCAGGCGCGGGCGUGGUCGACUACAAGGACUGGCAGAUCGCGCUGUCGCGGCCGUUCCGCGCCAUGAAGCUGUGGGUGGUGCUGCGCCGCUACGACGGGGCGGGCAUGCGGGCGUACGUACGGCGGCACGUCGAGAUGGCCAAGUGGUUCGAGCAGGCGGUGGAGGCCGACGGGCGGUUCGAGGUGGUAACGCCGACGAGGUUCUCCCUUGUGACCUUCCGCCUCCGUCCAAGGCACGACGGCGACGACGAUGCCGUUGAUGCCUUGAACCGUAGGCUCCUCGUGGCGGUGAACGCUAGCGGGCGGGCGUUCAUGACGCACUUCGUGGUGGACGGCAAGUUUGUUAUCCGUAUGGCCGUGGGCGGAGCCAUGACGGAGAUCCGGCACGUCCAAGACACGUGGGAGCUUGUCCGGGAGAAGGCUGAGGAAGUCCGCGCUCUCCCCAAGGUCUCCGGGCAUGACUAA